AUGGCAGGCCUAUACGUCUAUCUCUGUCGUCAAUCUCUCAAUGAGAUCAUCAUCUAUGAAACAACCACAAGAAACCACUACAACGGCAAUAUAUACUUAUCACCCCAAGGGCAAAAGGCAACAAGAAUGGUCUCCAAAAAUGGAGUACCUCGCCUGAGGGCCAGAAGAAACCCCUAUAUCCUUGCCUUUGGUAUGACAGUAGCCGCUAUCAGUUCAAUAGCCCUGAUGUUUGCUGCUAUCCUUGCUACCACAUCCAUGAUCUGGCCUUAUAAUCCUGAAGUACAAGCAGGCAGUCUUCACAUCAGACGUGACUCGGGGCCUGACGACCCAAUUCCUAUACCAUGCCACUCGCAUAACGAUUAUUGGAAACCCAAGCCUUUCACCGAUGCUAUCGCUGCUGGCUGUAUUGGCAUCGAAGCAGAUGUCUGGAAGGUCCGGGAUGAGCUCAUGGUCGGCCAUGCCAAGGGCGAUCUAUCAACCGAAAAGACUUUGACGUCAAUGUACAUUCAGCCUCUAGUGAACCUCCUUAAGGUUCGAAAUCAAGACAGAGAUCCAGGGCUUCUGCCUCGAGGUGUAUAUAACCGCGAACCCAACCAAACUGUGGUGUUGCUGGUGGACUUGAAGUCGAACCCGGAUAAAUCAUGGCCAUUGUUACUGGAGCAGCUAGAGCCGCUUCGUCAAAGGGGGUGGUUGAGUCAUGUCAGCGACGGCAAGUUUGUGUCGAGGCCCAUCACAGUCGUGGCAACUGGGAAGACCAAGUUCCGCCUGGUGAAAGAAGCCAACCCUUCACACGAUGUCUUCUUUGAUGCACCACUCAUGAGUCUAGCCAAAGGUCAAUACGACAAGACCAACUCAUACUAUGCCAGCACCUCGUUAAAAAAAUCGAUUGGCAAUAUUCUUAGACCAGGCAAGAUGGAGUUGAUACGCGAUCAGAUCUCUCAAGCCCAUAGUCGAGGUCUCCUGGUUCGAUAUUGGGGCAUGCCAAUGGUUUCACCGAUAGUCCAGAGACAAAUUGACAAGAGAUUGCUUAACGAAGGCGUUGAUGUCAUCAAUGUUGGUAGUUUGCAGGAAGCAAAACGUACUUUUGCUGAGAGGAGACACUCGAAUGACUGA